GGCGGAGGAGCUACUCCGAAUCCUAGUCGGAGAUCCUCCCGCCGGAGCAGAGGUGGCCAGCGGGUCCAGCUGACUGGAGGGCGUGGGCUCCUGCUUGCUUUGGAGUUGGAACACAGCUGCUCCGUGGGGCCUAGUCCGGGACACCAGGUGAGUCCCAGGACCCCAAGCCAUUAAUAAAUAAGAAGCAUCUCGGUCCAGGGUCCCUAUCCAACGACUUUCUCCUGAAGCCAUUGAUUUCCAUUGAUGGGGGGGUGGCAUGGAGCACCUGAGUUGGGUGGUUUCUGAAGGUGUGUUUACCACCCGGUUUAACAACAGCUCAGUCACUCCGCCAACACAGCUGGAACCCCAAGGGGAUCAGGAGGCCUCUGCGGAGGAGGAGAGGGGUCGCCUCGAUUCGCAGGGUGCCACCAACGCGCCGAUGUCCCGAGUGCGCACAGGGGUUCCAGCUAACCAUGCUACAGCUGCCUGGGCGCUGCGCCUGCUACUGCUACUGCUACUGCCCCCAACCGGCGCCAGGCCGUCGGCAGGCCCGGGUUACCUGCGGCGGAGCUGGCUGAGGCUGCUAACCGAGGGCGAGGACUGCGGUCCCUGCCGGCCCGAAUUGUGCGCGGUGCCCCGGGGUUGUCUGGCGGGUCGGGUGCGCGACGCGUGCGACUGCUGCUGGGAAUGCGCCAACCUGGAGGGCCAGCUCUGCGACCUGGACCCCAGCACGCAUUUCUACGGGCGCUGCGGCGAGCAGCUCGAGUGCCGGAUGGAUGCAGGCGGCGACCUGAACCGCGGAGAGGUGCCCGAGCCGUGGUGUGCCUGUCGUUCGCAGAGUCCCCUCUGCGGUUCUGACGGCCGGACCUACGCUCAGAUCUGCCGCCUGCAGGAGGCGGCCCGUGCGCGGCCCGACGCCAACCUCACUGUGGCGCACCCAGGCCCCUGCGAAUCCGAGCCCAAGAUUGUGUCGCAGCCUCGGGACAUUUGGAAUGUGACAGGGCAGGAUGUGAUCUUUGGCUGCGAGGUGUUCGCCUACCCAAUGGCCUCCAUUGAGUGGAGGAAGGACAGUGUGGACAUCCAGCUACCAGGGGACGACCCCCACAUCUCCGUGCAGUUUAGAGGUGGACCUCAGAGGUUUGAGGUGACUGGUUGGCUGCAGAUCCAAGCGAUUCGUCUCGGUGAUGAGGGCACCUACCGCUGCAUUGCCCGGAAUGCCCGGGGCCAGGCUGAGGCCUCUGCUUCCCUGAUAGUGCUCACACCAGAACAGCUGAACUCCACAGGAAUCCCUCAGCUUCUAUCAGCGCACCUGGCUCCAGAGGAAGAGGAAAAUGAAGAGAGCUAUGAUUAUGAUUUCUACUAGCUCUGGCUGGUGGGUGGGUGAUGGUCCUGGUAUCUGUCCCUGUUCCCAAGAAGACCUGGAAUAGACCUGGAAAGGGUAAGCAAGGUCCCUUUGUGGGUUGGUUUACUGCUCCUUGUAGGGUGAUCAUGGUGGUGACAGUAUUAAAAAGGCAGGUUGUAAUUGUAAUCCCUCUGAACAUUGCCUUUAUAAUAACAA